AGAGAGAGAGAGAGCGAGAGAGAGAGAGAGAGAGAGAGAGAGAAGCGGGAUGAAAGGAGGAGCAGUAAAUUGCAAGUCUAAUCCUGUCUUAUACACUUCUUUCACUGCAGGCUGUUCUGCUCAGUUACUAGAGUGAGAGCACAGAGGCUCACAUCUCCCUGCUGAAAACUACCGAGGUUCUUCCAAAACAAAAAGCCCUCUGGACAUAUGGAUUCCUGAUAGAACUGCGCUUCGACACAGAUCUGACUAAAUAAACCUCAACCAUUUUUGGAUCAGUUAUAACUUUUCAUGGUGGAGUCAUGAACUCCCAAAGGACUAGUUUGUGAUGAGGAUUCUCAUAAAGGAAUUUUUACAGGCGUGAUGGAAGCAUCACAUUUUGUUGCUGUAGCUCCAACAACGAUCACGAAGACCUCUGAUACAACAUACCUGAGCAGAAUGUUCAAGAAGUACCAAAGUAACCAGGUCAUCGUAGACCACUACAACUUCACAGGAAAGCUGACUGGGAACAGGUACACAGAAGGCAUGAAACCUGUAAACAUUGUGUUCCUUAUUAUCUGUCUGCUAAUUGUGUUGGAGAAUGCAGUGGUUCUUGUAGCUAUUUGGAAGAACAAAAAGUUCCACAUGCCCAUGUACUACCUUCUGGGCAACCUGACUUUUUCAGACUUGUUGGCAGGAUUUACCUACAUGGUGAACAUCAUAACAUCAGGGGCCAACACGCUCACAAUGACACCUGUCCAAUGGUUCAUUAGAGAAGGUGGUGUUUUCAUCACAUUAGCUGCGUCCAUCAUUAGCCUUUUGGCCAUUGCUAUUGAACGGCAUGUGACUAUGGUGCGGAUGAAGCCAUACCAAGGGGCCAAGCGUGGGCGCAUGUUUGCUCUGAUUGGCGUAAGUUGGGUGCUCUCGAUCAUUCUGGGUCUGCUACCCAUUAUGGGCUGGAACUGCAUGGGUAUCCUGAACCAGUGCUCGACCGUCCUGCCUCUGUACUCCAGGAGCUUCAUUCUCUUCUGCAUUACAGUCUUUUCUGCUGUAUUACUGGCUAUUGUGGUCCUCUACGUCCGCAUCUUCCGUGUUGUAAAGUCCAACACACAGCGGCUGGCUGGUGCUCCACAGCGUAAAGGUUUCGCAAAGAAGUCCCAGAAGUACAUGGCACUGUUGAAGACAGUCACCAUAGUGCUGGGUGUUUUUAUCGCCUGCUGGCUCCCACUCUUUUUUCUCUUUUUAUUGGAUUUUUUUUGUCCAGCCCAAAGCUGCCCGGUACUCUUAAAGGCAGAGUACUUUCUUGGACUUGCUAUGAUUAACUCAUUGCUUAAUCCAAUAAUCUACACAUUAACCAGUAAAGACAUGUGUAAGGCCAUACUGAGACUGCUCUGCAGCUACUGCUUGAUCACAAAAGAUGGACAGGUGAGGAAGUUUGGAAUAACGUUCCUGGAAUGCAGCACGAGUAAAACAGAGAUGCCAUCACACAGGCUAGAGGGCCUGGAGACGGUCUCCACUGGGAAUUUUACACCAUCUACUAUCAAAGCUAUUUUUCCCAAAAUAUCAAAGAGUGUAGUUUUGGGACAAUAAUGUUAAGGCUGAGUUUUACUGAGGCCUGGUAUAAUGAAGGGUAUCUUGAGAGAAUGAGUCAGUUGGUCAGACUGUACUGAAAAGAGCAUCCUUUACUCCUGAACUGAUUACAUAGCUUUAAUAACUGUAUAUCAAGGAAAGCAUUAGAGACAGACAGCCUCAGAACGUAUUACAACUUUCAGUAUGGGCCUAACCAACAUUUGAGAACUUUCUUGUGUUCUAAUUUACUAUGAGAUGGUGAAAGUUACGUUGAGGAUUUUAAAAAAAUAACUGUGCUCUCUUUAAAUCCAAUAUGGUGUGAAGCAACAUGCACUUAAGCGCAAACAAAAUGCAAGUAUGACAUAGUGGUAGAUAUUACAGUAACUGUGAUUUUGGGCUUGUCCACCAGUGUCUUUGAUGUCACAUGAUAUUUGUUAAUGUGCUUCAAGUCAAGCACCUACCAUAUGGUCUAAAAGCGAAGAUAUUAUGCUUCGGGAAAUAUUUUGGUUUCUACACCAUGCAGUGUUCACUAAGAUCUGGUGCAUGCAAAAUUAACUUUUCAUAUAUCCUUGGACAGCAAACAAGACAGACUGAAGGUAAUGUAGCUAAUAUCCCACUCAGCCUUCAGUUUAAUGGGAGUGCACUUUUGGGAAUUAAUGGCAGUUUCAUUAUCAUACC